AAAGUUAGACCUAAGCUCCAUUUUGGAGAGGUUAGAUGAUUUUGAGAAGAUAGAACCGUACACAUUUAGACAAUUCUGUACCUGGCGCUGGUGUGAUAAUGCACUUUUGUGCAAUAUGGUAGAGGUUUAAUUUGCGAGUUAUAAAUUUAUAGUUUGUCUUGAUGUGAGAGGAAUAGUUCAAGAGAGUAUAUAACAGACUCACAGCUGAACAUACGAUCCACAUUCUGAAUACACUGGGACUAAUGACCUAGUUUUCGCCCAUAUACGAUAUAUAUCUUGAUAAACAACCAGACAUUGUAAAUAUAUAUUGGAAAUGGAAUUUUCUACUGUAGAUCUCAGUUGGCUACCAUCUGAUACCGAAGAGCAACUUGCGUUAGGAUUUAGAAUAAUUUCAAAUGCUUACAAGAGUAGAAUCAGUACGCUUGAGACAGAGUUACGCUCGAUGCGUGCUCUGAUCGCUGAAAAGACCGAUCAGUUGGCUGCAUUGCAAAAGAAAUACAGCUCCUUUGAGGUCCAGUUGAUGGAAUCUACCCAAAGAGGAAACCAAUUGGCUGAGGAGAACAAGAACCUUGUAUCUACAAUUAAAAAGCUACAGAAGGAUAUUGAUCGCUUAGAGACACUUAAAAAACUGGUUUUAUCGUCUAUCCAAGAGGAUAACAACGAGGUUGAGAAUUCGCAUCGGUUUUUUUCCACUGACGAAAUGAUUCAUAAUCUUGCACCAAGGACCGUAUUAGAACUAAAUCCCAAUGAUUCAGACGAUAGUUUUACACGGAAAAAAGGUCAUAGUGCUAGGAAUAUGCCCGCAGCAAUUGGAAUAAAUGGAGAGCGAGAGACUGUUGAUGGUCGUCAAUUUUUUAGGACAGCCAAAAGUGUGUUGAGUGGUGAUGACUUCUCCUCCUUUUUGGCAACCAUUAAAAAGUUCAAUACACAACUCCAAACACGUGAAGAAACCUUGGCUCAUGCUAGACAUAUAUUUGGUGAGCACCAUCCUAGACUUUUAGAAGAAUUCAAGCAAUUAAUAAACCCAAAACAUUAGUGUAGUUUGUUGAUUUUAAUGAAAAUUAUAAUUCUUGGCUUA